AUGCGGUUCGCGUGCUCGUCUCGCGUGGGCCCCCCGCCGCGGCGACCUUCCACGGAGAGGGUGUCCGAGCAGAGUGGCCGAAGUAGGGGCCCAGUGCGCCCCGGGCCGCCGGGACCGUUAACGGUCGCGCGGGAGGAGCGAGGCUGGGCCGAGGUCGCGGCGCCGUGUGGCGCUGGCGGGGGGGGUUUGUGUCGCGGAAGGUGUGAGGCGGGGAGGGCCCCAAAAGGGUCACAUGGCACGAAGAUAGAGCCUUGGUGCAUGAAACCCUCCCUUGUGCCCUCUCUGCAGACCACCGGGCUGGUAGGAUUGGCUGUAUCUGAAAAUCCUCACGAGCGCCUGCGAAUACUGUAUACAAAAAUUCUCACUGUCCUGCAAAGCAUUCCCAAAGAUGCUGCAUAUAGGAAAUACACCGAGCAGAUUGUAAAUCAGCGAAUGAAUUUAGUGCAAACAGAAAAAGAUGUGCAAAAACUAGAAGACAAGCUGAAUAGUGGCCACAUAGAAGAAGUCAUUUUACAGGCUGAAAAUGAGCUUUCUCUGGCAAGAAAAAUGACACAGUGGAAACCAUGGGAACCUCUAGUUGAUGAACCUCCUUCUGACCAGUGGAGAUGGCCAAUAUAAUACUCAAAGUGGU